CAGCCCCAUCAUUCAGAGUCUAGCAGACGACACAGACGCAAGUGGUCGCGCGUUGCGUUACCAAUUGUUUACGUUAAAUUUUGUAACUUUAGACCGAAAGAAAAAACUAAUAAUAUAGAAAUAAGAAAAAGUUCUACAGGAUAAUAUUGUCUCGUGUGGAAACUCGUUCGAUGGCCGAGAAUGCUGUGGUUCAAUCCGAUAGUGUAAGACUCGACGCGUUACAUAACCUAUAAAUUCAAUAUCUAAGAGUUUGAAAAUGGUACAUUCUGACGUUGAUAGCUGGAUCUGGGGAUGGCUGAGCUGGUCCCGAUCGUCCACCACUAUGUUACGUGCUGCUGAGAAGAAAAUACUAUCAUGCUUGAAAACGGCAUAUCGUGGAUGGUACGUUGAUAUCGGACCGGUUGUGGGAAACGCGGACAAAAUUUGGACAAUAUCAUUGAAUGAAGAAUCGCCAAAAACUCCGAUAGUCUUGCUGCAUGGCUUAGGCGCUGGCGUAGCUUUAUGGUGUUUGAAUUUGGAUGGGCUUGCGGCUCAGAGACCGGUUUAUGCCAUAGAUUUACUAGGAUUUGGACGGAGUAGCAGGCCUGAUUUUAGCAAUGAUGCAAAAGAAGCUGAAAGUCAGUUGGUUCGAUCGGUCGAAGAAUGGAGGCGAGAAAUGCAGCUUGAAAGGGUUGUCCUCCUUGGCCAUUCCAUGGGGGGUUAUUUAGCAGCUGCAUAUGCCAUGAAAUAUCCAGAACGAGUAAAACAUUUGAUCCUAGCUGACCCAUGGGGCUUUCCUGAAAAACCAUCAGAUUAUGCUUCCAAAAGCAAUGUUCCGCUUUGGGUCAAAGCCAUAGCAUUUGUUGUACAGCCUUUGAAUCCAUUAUGGGCGGUCAGAGUUGCCGGACCUUUCGGACAGUGGCUGAUUGAAUCAACCAGACCGGAUAUCGUAAAGAAAUUUACCCCUCUAUUAAAGGAGGAUGUUGGAAUUAUUGCGCAGUACAUUCAUCAAUGCAAUGCACAAACGCCCUCGGGUGAGAGUGCUUUUCAUGCCAUGAUGCACGGAUUUGGUUGGGCAAAAUAUCCAAUUGUAAAAAGAAUGGACCAAUUAAAGGACGAUAUACCUAUUACAUUGUUGUACGGCAGUCGAUCAUGGGUGGACAACACUGUAGGAGACAUAAUAAAACAGAAAAGAUCCAACUCUUAUGUUAAUGUACAAGUAAUAAGUGGUGCUGGUCACCAUGUAUAUGCAGACAAGAGUGAAACGUUUAAUAAACAUAUACUAGAGGCAUGCGAGCUGUGUGACGAAAUUGAGAAGCCUACAUCUUCAAAUGUUAACUUGAAAAUAAAAGAUGCCAGUGAUGAAUGUGCAGCAAAAGAUGAUGAAGAAGGAUCUAAAGUAGACCGAAUAGAACCACCCGAACUAACAAGCUCUCGACCAAGAUCUAGUUGAAGAUCGUAGAAAGUGCAUUAUGUAAAUUCGAAUCUGUGCAUCGAGGUCUUGCUUUUAUUUAUAUUCGAUCCAUUCUGGUACAGCGUAGAUAUGAGAUGAUCGGCUGUAAAUAUUAUUCAUCAAAUUUAACAUAACGCGACAAAUGAAGCUUUUUAUGUCAUACGAGCCUACUUACUCUUCAUAUUUUCUUUGUAUUUAUCAUUUCGAUAUAUGUUAAACAAAGCUUCUUAUUUAUCAAAAAUUACUUAUCUCUGAUAAGGUGAUGUUUAAAUAUUUUCAAACAACUGCAUUAUUACGCUGGCGUUUUGUUAUGGUACUUCCAAACUUCAUAGCUUUACGCUUAAUACUUGCGAAAUUAUAGGCAAAGUGUAACCUCAGCUACUUUUUAUAGUAUCAGAAAAAGUUUUUCUUGCGAGUUACUUAAAACUCAGCAUUACAUUGGUGUUUUUUUUACGACAUGAAAUUUGCUCCUCAAACUCAAAAUCAAUUUUCCGAAUCUAAGAUUACCUCAACAUGAAGUUAAACAUACUAUCAAUGUAUCGUCAAAUUUGUGUAAAAAUUGAAACUGUUUUCGAUAGACAAUUGUUUAAAAUUUUGCGUGAUUGAUGGAAAAAUAUUGAUCAAAUUUGCACUCUAAACCCGUCGUUUUACUAAUACUUCAACUGUUUCAAGAUUUUAUACGUACAUGCUAUACAUAAAUAAGAUUUCGAAUAGACAAUUUCGGUUUCCUUAGAUAAGUCUUAAUUUCAACUUGUUAGAUGCUGUUAUAUUUUAAUAUUAUAAUUAUCUAAUUUUUAUGAUUGUAUGUCAUUACUACAGUAGCUAGAAUUAGAAAUAUCGUAGAAAGUUCUGGAGUCAGAUUACUACGAAUUGUUGCUAUUGAUAAUAGGAGCAGGACAAAAUCUUUAUGUCAAAGAAAGUGGUCAUCAAAUAUGAAGUACAAAUUAAGAUUGCUUUGUCAGGAAAAUUGCCAGUAUGUAGAGUAUACGAAUAUUGGAUCAAAUCUUAUGUUGUUAAUGUUAUAUUCCGUACGCUGUGAACCGGUGUAAAUCACUGAAAAUUACACUAAAAGAAAACUAAUAAGUUACCUCAAGUUGUGCAGGUAGAAAUUAGAAAAAUUAUUUAAAUGAAAUAUUACAAAGAGAAAUUUAUUUUUCUGUUAUUUUUAUUUCUAUCUGAAUCUUGCCAUAUUUAUGUACAAAAAAACUGAUAAAAGUUUACAACACUUUUACUCAGCUGUCAAAGUAUUACGAAAUACGUGUAUAUUUACAUAUUUUGCAUCACUGAAAACAUACGGAACUUUAAUAAUGUAAGUAUUGUAUUUAUACGAAACAAUAAAAGUAUAUUCUUUGUUAACAUCUUUAAGAACAUUGUUUCAAGUAAAACUGUACACCAUUAUUCGUGAGAAAAAGCCGAAAAUUUGAAUUAUUGUCAAUUAUUGAGAAAUAUAUUAAAAUACAAAUUUUGGUGUAAAAAAAAAAAAAUAUUGCACCGUUGAAUUGCGAAAAAUUAUGAAUAACCCCUUAACGAUUA